UGAUUUUGGACAAAAAAUGUAAAGGUUAUGCUUCAAACAAGAAUUGGGUAAAAACAUUUUUUAUCUUUACCUCAUUGGAAAACUGUGCAUAGGCUAUGCAUAAACUUUAUACAAUUAUGUUAGAUUUGAAUCUUAAAUAUUUGAAUAAAAUAUUAUAAUUUUGCUUGAGUAAAUACCCACAGAGAAAACAUAUAGUAUACUUCAGUGUUUACUAGUGUAGUAUACUACACUUGUAGUAAUGUAUAGCCUAAUACAUUAUUCUGUAGUAUUAGUUAUAGAAAAUUUAUAAACUGUAGUAAAACUUAUAUUACUAAUAUUUACUAUGCUUAGCUUCAAAAACACUAGUAUCUUUAAAUUGUACUAUAUACUAAAGUAUAGCCAAUCACAGUGGUUAUAUCUUGUUUCAAUUACUUUUAUUGAAAAACAAGUAAGCAAAAUAUAUAUUUUGCAGUGUAGCUAUAUUCCUCCAUUCCAGUGACGGUCGCCAUGAUGAUGACGGGUUUCGCCUGCAGCAGCAGCAGCGAGCCGUGAGACGGAAACACGGCGACCGGGAGCAGAGUCCUUCGCCGACAUGAACGAGGACGCAUAUUUCAACCUCAUUUCCUCAAAUCAUCCCUCGACAAGUGCUUAUCCCGACACCGUUUCUGAAAUUAAAGCAGACGAAGGCACGGCUCAUAUACGAAGAGAGGAAUUUCAGGAGAAAACAGCUUGCUAAGGGUUUCGCAGUCCUGGCAGAGGAGGGGCAUAUCGGGCUUUGUAGCAAUGCAGAUCCCGUGCUGCUGAUGCGCUUUUGUUACUGCAUAAUGGAUAACCAAGGAUCAUCAUAUCUCAGGGGAUUGCUUUAAACUUCUUUGGUGACUUCUUUUGUUUAAACACGAAACCUUAAAGGGAGAUUCCGAUAUCUGGAAGGAAAAGGAACACGUCUGGUGUGUAUAUAUAUAUAUAAAUAUCUACACAUAUAUAUGGCAAAUCCACCGGCCAGGGCAGGGUCGAUGGCUGCAAGUUGUCUUUAAUGCAUCUGAGGAUGGUGUGGAAACGCAUUGGUGCGAGAAGAACCAUGAUUGAUCGACCAUCAUUUUUGUCUUCAUUGAGCUGUUAAGUUCUCCCCUUUUAAAGGAGAUAUCACUUCACUGGCUGGAUCCAGUUGCCCAUACAGUGGGAGCAAAUAUUGAGCAAACUCUGAGAGAUCAGCACCGUUUGAAACCAUGUCUGGAGAAGUGCGUUUGAAGAAACUGGAAAAGCUGAUUUUAGAUGGCCCAUCUCAGUCCAGCGGCCAAUGCUUCAGCGUGGAGACCUUGUUGGAUGUUCUCGUUUGUCUUUAUGACGAGUGCAACAACUCUCCCAUCAGAAGAGAGAAAAAUAUUUUGGAGUUCCUAGACUGGGCCAAACCUUUCACAUCCACAGUGAAACAGAUGCGCUUGCGAAAAGAAGACUUUGAGAUCUUGAAGGUGAUUGGACGGGGAGCUUUCGGAGAGGUUGCAGUAGUAAAGGUAAAAAAUACAGACAAAGUAUUUGCCAUGAAGAUCCUCAACAAAUGGGAGAUGCUCAAGAGGGCUGAGACGGCGUGUUUUCGGGAGGAACGGGACGUGCUUGUAAAUGGGGACAGCCAGUGGAUCACAACAUUACAUUAUGCUUUUCAGGAUGAGAACAACUUGUACUUGGUGAUGGACUACUAUGUAGGGGGAGAUCUGUUGACUCUGCUCAGUAAGUUUGAAGAUCGUUUGCCUGAGGACAUGGCCAAGUUUUAUCUGGCUGAGAUGGUCCUGGCUAUUGACUCUGUGCAUCAGCUACAUUAUGUUCACAGGGAUAUUAAGCCGGACAAUAUUCUGAUGGACAUGAACGGUCACAUCCGAUUGGCCGACUUUGGCUCCUGUCUUAAACUCAUGGAAGAUGGAACAGUCCAGUCGUCCGUGGCAGUGGGAACUCCAGACUACAUCUCUCCAGAGAUCCUACAGGCUAUGGAAGAUGGGAAGGGAAAGUACGGACCGGAGUGUGACUGGUGGUCUCUGGGUGUUUGCAUGUAUGAGAUGCUGUAUGGAGAGACGCCUUUCUACGCCGAAUCUCUGGUGGAGACCUACGGCAAGAUCAUGAACCACAAGGAGCGCUUCCAGUUCCCACUUCAAAUGACGGAUGUUUCAGAAGAAGCUAAAGAUCUGAUUCGACGACUCAUUUGCAGUAGAACACACCGACUGGGCCAGAACGGCAUCGAUGACUUUAAGCAGCACCCGUUUUUCGUGGGUAUCGACUGGGACAACAUCCGCACGUGUGAAGCCCCUUAUAUCCCUGAAGUCAGCAGCCCCACUGACACCUCUAAUUUUGACGUGGAUGAUGAUUGCCUCAAAAACUGCGAGACGUUGCCUCCACCUUCUCACACAGCGUUUUCUGGACACCACCUUCCAUUUGUAGGCUUUACUUACACAAGCAAAUGCACACUGUCAGACCGAGGUUGUCUGCGGGAGUCUGUGGGAACUGCACAGGUAGAUGCUGAUCUUCAGAGAAGUCUGGAGGAGAGCCUGGCUUCCGAAGCUUAUGAAAGGAGAAUCAGACGUCUGGAACAGGAAAAGAUUGAACUUUCCCGUAAACUACAAGAGGCCACUCAGGCACUGCAGUAUCCAGAUUCAGACGCCCCGGUGAAUGCUAAUAAAGAAGUCGAGAUCCGGAGUUUAAAGAGUGAGAUCGACAUACUAAAAAAACAAUUAGCAGACUCUGGUCAGCUGGAGCAGCAGUUGGAGGAGGUCACCACAGCCCGUAAAGAUCUCAAAGACUCUUCUAAAAUCAUCAAGAGUUUAGAGAAACAGCUCAAGAGUAUCACACAAGAGAAGGACGAUCUACACAAGGAGCUGAUGGAGUUGACUGAGAAGCUAAAGACUCAGAUGAAAGAGCUAAAGGAGGCUCACAGUCAGAAGAAGUUGGCCAUGGAGGAAUUCUCGGAGCUGAACGAAAAACUGAGCGACCUUCGCUCGCAAAAACAACGACUGAGCCGACAGCUCCGAGACAAAGAGGAGGAGAUGGAGGGCAUCUCGCAGAAGCUGGAAGCCCUGCGGCUGGAUAUCCGCAAGGCUGAGAGAACACGUAAAGAGUUGGAGGCUCAGGUUGAGGAACAUGCGGCUGAAGCUCAAAAGGAGAAAAAGCUACGAGAGAGAUCCGAACAAUACAGCAGACAGCUAGAAGAAGAGCUGGAUGGCAUGAAGGAGUUAAAACAGUCCGGACCCUCCGGCACAGCUGUGAGCUCGGACCAGCAGCAGGAACUGAUUCGGGUCCGGGCAGACCUAGAGAAGAAGAACGUUCAGUACGAGGAAGAGAUGUGUCGUCGGGAGACGCUUCACAGCACUGAGAUAAAGACUAUGAAGAAGGAGCUACACGAUGCUGAGAGCCAACACCUCGCGCUCCAGAAAGAGAUUCUCAUGCUUAAAGAUAAACUGGAGAAAACUCGAAGAGAAAGUCAAACAGAACGAGAGGAGAUUGAGAUGGAGAACGAGAAGGAGAGAGCUCAUUUGACGGAGGAGAACAAGAAUCUCACCAGUAAAAUAGAGAAGCUGAGCUCUGCGUUUGAGGAGCUGAGGAGCAUUCACAAGCAGCUGGAGGAGGAGAUGAAAGAACUGACUGAUAAACAGGAGAGCGUCGCCCAUUGGGAAGCACAGAUCACAGAGAUCAUCCAGUGGGUGAGUGAUGAAAAAGAUGCUCGUGGGUACCUUCAGGCUCUGGCCACUAAAAUGACAGAGGAACUUGAAGGACUGAGGAACACCAGCCUGGGAGCCAGAGGAACGGACAUGCCGUGGAAGAUGAGACGUUUCGCUAAGCUGGACAUGUCUGCCCGUCUGGAGCUUCAGUCUGCGCUGGAUGCCGAGAUCAGAGCCAAACAGACUAUCCAGGAUGAGCUUAACAAAGUCAAAGCGUCCAACAUGGCGACCGAAUGCAAAUUGCAAGAAUCUGAAAAUAGGAACCAGGAGCUGCAGUCAGAAAUUGAAAGGUUGAGAAAGGAGACUGAGGAGCUGAGGAUGAGGAGAGGUGUAAAGCAUCAAGAUUCCCAGAAUUCCUUCUUGGCAUUCCUCAAUGCACCCACCUCUGUUUUGGAUCAGUUUGAUGACUCAUUUUCAUCCUCUUCAUCUUCUUUAGUUGAAUUUUGGGAAGAUCGGUCACCUUCUUUUGGUCCAGGACACAAAACCAGACGUCUUGAUUCUGCAGAUUUCACUCCAUCCAAUACUCCAUCACGAGAUGAAGAUUCACGAUCUCGUCGCAUAUCACGCUCUCGCUCCCCGUCCACCGCCAGCGACAUGGAGCCUAUUGAGCUGACCGACCACACAUCACGUGGACUUCACACUCCAACAAGCAGAUCUGGGUAUGGGAGCCUUGGACAUUCGUCAUCUAAGCCCAAGGCACACCAGUUCAUUGUGAAGUCCUUCGCUGUUCCCACUAAAUGUAACCAGUGCACAUCUCUGAUGGUGGGGCUUAUCCGACAGGGUUGCACCUGUGAAGUCUGCAACUUCUCCUGUCACGUCACGUGUGCUGAUAAAGCCCCCUCCGUAUGCCCCGUCCCACCAGACCAAACCAGGGGCAAACUGGGCAUCGACACGCAGAGGGGCAUUGGCACUGCAUAUGAGGGGCAUCUCAGGGUGCCAAAGCCCACAGGGGUGAAGAAGGGUUGGCAGAGAGUGUGGGCCGUGGUGUGUGACUUUAAACUUUUCCUGUAUGAGCUUGGAGAAGGCAAAGGUGCGCAGCCUGGUGUUACAGUUAACCAGGUCAUCGACAUGAGAGAUGAGGAGUUUUCAGCUAGCUCUGUUCUGGAGUCUGAUGUCAUCCAUGCUAACAAGAAAGACAUUCCCUGCAUCCUAAGGGUAACAGCCUCUCAGAUGUCCGCCACCUCUGGCCGAAAGAUGUGCAUCCUGAUGCUGGCCGACAACGAACAGGAGAGGACGAAAUGGGUGUGCGCACUGAACGAACUCCACCGCAUCUUAAGGAAAAACAAGCUAAAGGAACGUUUCGUCUACGUGCCUAAAGAAGCCUACGACAGCACGCUUCCUCUUAUCAAAACCACUCAAACUGCUGCUAUUAUAGAUCAUGAGAGGGUUGCUUUGGGCAACGAGGAGGGCCUUUUUGUCAUCCAUGUCACCAAAGAUGAAAUCCUCCGUGUAGGGGAUGUUAAGAAAGUUCAGCACAUAGAACUGAUGCCUACAGAGCAGGUGCUGGCCGUGAUCUCUGGUAGGAACCGGCAAGUGUGUCUGAUGCCCAUGGCGGGUCUCGAUGGGCGGGAUGUAGACAAGAACAAGGUGGCAGACACGAAAAACUGCCAGGCGCUGGUGUCCGGUGUGGUGCGCAACAUGACCUGCUUCUGCCUUGCCAUUAAACGUCAGAUCUCCUGCUUUGAGAUAAACAAGAGCAAGUCUCGUCACUGCCAUCUGGUGGACAUACAAGCUCCAGGUAUUGUCCAGUGGAUGGCGCUGUUCAACCAGUACUUGUGUGUUGGCUAUCAAGCAGGCUUCAUGCGUUAUAGCUUGUAUGGAGAAUCUCCUCCGAUCAGUUUACUCCACCCAGAUGACCCCACACUGGCCUUUAUAAGGGCAGACAACCUGGAUGCUCUUUGUGCGGUAGAAAUCUCUGGAAAAGAAAUGCUGCUCUGCUUCAGUAAAAUCGCAGUUUAUGUUGACACACACGGCAGACGCUCCCGGCAGCAGGAGCUGAUGUGGCCUGCGAUACCCACCGCCUGCUGCUACAACGCCCCCUACCUGUCGGUUUACAGCGAGUAUGCCGUGGAUGUAUUUGACGUGAACAGUAUGGAGUGGAUUCAGACCAUUCCUCUCAAAAAGGUGCGGCCGCUGAAUAUGGAUGGCUCUUUGAAUCUGUUGGGAUUAGAGACGGUCAGACUCAUCUACUUUAGAAACAAAACUGCAGAGGGGGAUGAGCUGGUGGUGCCUGAGGUCUGUGACAACAGUAAGAAGCAGAUGGUUCGCAGCAUGAGCAGCAAGAGGCGUUUCUCAUUUCGUAUUCCUGAGGAGGAGAGACUGCAGCAGAGAAGAGAGAUGUUGAGAGAUCCAGAGAAGAGAAACAAGCUGAUCUCAAACCCUACGAAUUUUAACCACGUGGCUCAUAUGGGUCCAGGAGAUGGGAUGCAAAUCCUUAGAGAUCUUCCUAUGAAUGUACGUGCCCAGGACAACCGGGCCGGGUUCAGCGGUUCCGUCAGCAUCCCCUCCAUCACAAAGAACCGAGCCGAGCCUGGGAGAUCUAUGAGUGCAAGCAGUGGCCUAGGAAUAAGAUCUUCCUCUCAGAAUGGCAGCGCUCUACGGAGGGAGAUGUCGGGCAGCAGCUACAGCUCGAAGCGACAGACCAUGACAUCACCAUCUGAGAGCUCGCUGUCAUCAGGCGGUGGCAUGGAUGUCUGUGAAGCGCCACUCUCACAGUUUGACAGAGAGUGGCAGGCCGUAUCGCCCUCGGAGAAGACCCCCGAUCUGAAAAGGGCUUUAAGGACACUGCUUAGUAAGAUGAAGGACUCCGAUUCGCCAAGACACUCCACCGCAUCCAACAGCUCCACCUUCAGCAGCCCACCAAGCCCCUCCUCUCCGCACAAGACCAAGUCCCUUUCGCUGGAGAGCACAGAUCGCACAGGGUGGGACACAUGAUGGACUCCCCGAUGAACCAAUCACGAACAUGCUCUCCGGGUCACAGCCUGUCACAGUGCUCCUCCCCUUUCCAUACUAUUGCACAACAGGCCCCUCCCAUUUAUUAAUUUGCAUAAUGGAUCACCACUGAGGAACAUACAGUAUAUACAUGGAGAAACCACACCACCAUGAACACAGGAAGCAUGAUGGAGUCUUUGUCGUGUGUGUGGAUAUGUGUAUGAUUGAACAACCGGGAUACAGAAAUUGACACGACCCCGCAGUGCUGACCGGAUGAGAAAAACUGGAUGCAACUGGCUCCAGGCGUCUCAUUGGAAGACUCUAUUGCUAAUGGAAAUUAUGGAUUUUACUGUGACAGCUGUUUGUACAUAGACUGGGUUAGGGGUGAACGUUUAUUUAUUUAUCAUUCAGCAAUUUCAAGGUGAAAAUACUAUCAAAUUCUUCGAUUCGCUCUUCAGCUAUGGACCAUAGACAUUGUUUAAUUUCCUGGAGAUUCAGUCCUGAAAUAAUUUACUUGGAAAAUAAUGCAACGAUGUAUAUUUUUUAUUUGCUUUUAAAAAGUGAUGUGUGCCGUGAAUCGUUUGUUAAUUCAGCUAAAUAGAUGAGAGACGGCCGAAUUGUGUGUGAGGUGCUAACAUGCAAUCUCAUCUGUUGCUUCCACUUCUAGAUUUGUAGGAGCUUUCGGUGAUCCUUUCUCUGUUAUCUUCAUUAUUGCCAGUCUUCGUAUAAUCUAAACCUUCUGAAAACCAACAUGACCUGUCAAAACACAUCACAGUAAUGUAUAUAGGCUAAAAGUAUAGUAUAAUAUAUAAUGAGGAAAUAUUGUAGAGAUAAACUAUGUGAAAAGAAUCUCAUUGCUUUUAUUUUUUAAAAAUUAUUUUAAUAUACUCGCGCCGAGACCAUUAAAAAAAACUUCAGUUGUGUCAGUUCUUUUAGACAGUUGUUAUUUUGGUUUACGGGACGAUACUGCCUUGUGUAUUUCUUUCUUUUCUUUUAAAAACAGGAACUUUAAGGUUUUUGUGAGACACAGGCCAAGCUGUUUAACUACAAAUGUGCUUUAACCAUAAAAGCUGCAUCAU